AUGUUUAUUAAGAGUUUCAUACUUCUGCUUGCAGUUGCCCUCCUGUCUGCAGGACGAGUUCCUCCGGUGGAGGAAAGGAUCGUUUGCGGCUUUCCUCAGGACAUCGAACUAGCUCCCUGGCAAGUGUAUCUGAAUAUCCGGAGGGCCAAUGGCGCUAGCAUUGGUUGCGGUGGAGUCAUCUAUACGGAAAACAUAGUUCUAACAGCUGCCCACUGUGUUCAUGGGGCGACUGACAUUACAGUUCACUACGGAUCAUCGAUAAAGCUAGCAGGCGAAUGGGUCAAUGUAUCUUAUAUCGCUGAGCAUGCUGAGUACAAUCCAGAGGGGACCAAUGGCAACAUGGCCAACGACAUAGCUGUGCUUAUCCUGAGUUCCAAAAUCAUCCUUGGAAGCACAGCUUAUCCCAUUGAGAUAGCGGAUGAGACUCCUCUGCCGGGCACAUGGGCCCUAGUCACCGGCUGGGGAUCAUCUAUCGAUGAUGGCUCAGCUGGCUUGGAGGACUUACAGGGAGCCUAUGUGCUGAUUGAGGACCAACAGAACUGCCAGUUAGCCUAUAGCGCUGGCCAACCGUCGUGUUCCAGCCAAAAUACCACUGUUACCGAUGAUAUGAUAUGUACUAAGGGCGUCAGUAGGGGUCCUUGCCGAGGUGACUCUGGCGGGCCUUUGGUCAGCAUUCCCGGUAACCAGCUCGUUGGAAUUGUCUCAUGGAGUCCCUACUGUGGUCAUCCAUACUUCCCCGAUGUCUACGCUAAUGUUGUCGUGCUCAAGAAGUUUAUCUUGGACGUAGUAGAGGGGACUAACUUCAUAGAAUCAUAA